UCCAUUUAUCCAGAAAGAUAAAACAAGAGAAGUACUUCGAGACUGGAAUAAAACUUGGUCUCACUUCAACAGAGCUUGAACACAUAAAACACCGGACAUUUCCUAACAGGAGAGACACCAACAUUAUGAUGCUUUCUAAAUGGAAAUCAUCUCAGCCUCCCGGAGAAAAGGCGAUAAAAACUUUGAAAUGUGUUUGGGAAUCUGUACAAUCAGUGGAAAAACCUGAACAUUUAGAAGAAGAAGAUACUACUACAGUUCUCAAACAGACCGUUGUAGAAAUGACCAAGCCAAAUGAACUGGAAAGCGAUCUUGAAAAGAUGGAGAUCAUUGACUUUUCAGAAACGGAUGAUGAUCCACUUGGGCCUUCUUGUGAGCAAGUGGUAACGCAUGAGGAUCUCGAUCAACACGGUGGAAUACCAAACACAGAAGAACUUUCUAGUGUGGCUCAUCAAGUCAAAACCUUCCAAAUAGCAUGUUCACUUGGUAAAGCCCUUCGUAUUGAUGACAUCAGCAUAGUCGGUUACGUCACUCAGCAGAAUCCUUCAUCACUGGAUGCAACAGCAAUGCAAAUCCUACUUAUGUGGCAUGAUGGCCUAGAAGAAGGAGUAAAAGAGGUUGAACUCCACGAGUUGUUGAUGAAGUACAUCUCCGGUGACAAAACAGGAGGCUACGACGAAAUAGCAAAACUCAUUCGGUCUGAGGUAGACCUCCUCGGUUUAAUUCGUCAUUUGGGUGUACAGCCUACCAGUGUCAUGGAGAUCAUUAACACAUCUGUAGACUUUGCACCACACAUGGUUGUUUCUGCUGCCCUACAAAUGCUGAUAGAAUGGUCCAGCAAAGGUGGAAUUCGGGAGAGGCUUCUUGCAAUAGCUCAGGCUUUUCAGCUCAGUUGUGCGGACCUCAUAGCAAAAGGCCUGGCAUGUCACUCGACCUAUCCAUUUUUCAUCUCGUACGGCAUCAUUGAUCAUAAGGGACAAAGGGUGACCCUCGAUGAACUUGGAAUUACUGUAUCUAUUCCUGAAGGGGCUAUUCCGAAAGGAACGAGAUCAACCGUCACCCUUCGCGUAUCAAUCCACAAUACUCUCAGACUUCCCAUACACGACGAUGAAGUUCUUAUUACUCCAGUUUUAGAGACUUCUGUCCAUCAAGAACUUCUCAAGCCGGCAUCGAUAGUACUGCCACACUGUGUAAAGUUCCGGGAACAAAACGACGAUUCUUCUGUUGUAUUGUACACCAAAACCGAGUCAGGUAUGAAUUUAGUCAUGAAAAUCGUCCAAUUCACCUUGGUUGUAGUUUGAAAUCAGAAUGUAUCCACUCUUAGAAGUUCAGCUGGGUGUUUCAUAAGGCUGUUCGUAAGAUACGAAUGAUUUUACACACGACUGGUGAUCCUUUCUUGUGCUAAAUGAUAUCCCUGUAUAUUUGAUUCAUGACCUUAAAAGACAUGUUCCAGUCGUGCGUAAAGUUGUGCGUAAUUUUACAAAUAUCAUUAUGAAACACACACCAGGUCAAGUUUGACCCAAAGUUAUUCCGUUGACGGCCACAAUCUCAUCAGGUGAACAAUUACCUCAUAAGGAUAAGAACCUUUAGGAUAAUAUCUGCACCGAAUCCGCAUCAUUUCGAACUCACUUCCACAGAACUAAUGUAUGCAUAGUUAAGUAGAAAAAACUCAAUUACUGUAAAAGAGAAAUGUCUGAUUUUGAAAUAUAUUCGUCUUCCCGGCACUUUAGCGCGAUACACCAAAUUUUAAUGAAGAUCCAAAAUUCACAACUCCACGUCCAUUUCCAAACUUCAGGAAAAUUCGGUCGCAGAAUGCUGACUGCUAACGAUUCAACAAUCUCAAAAUCUACGAUUGAGUUUUGUACGCGUCAUAUUGAAGUUUUGGCUGUGUCUUCAAAGAAUCUUCGAGAAAUUCAACUAACAUGCUUAGUCUUCCAACCCACUAUGAAGACACCAGCAGAGCAACCAUCUCUACACGUGUACAUAACCUAUCCAUAUAACACAUAUGAUCAGGAUAUAAUCAAGACGGAACUGGAUUCGUCUGUACCUUACUGUCAAGUCGAGGAGGGAUUCAAAUUCUCUAUAGGGUUAACAACAAAACACCUGAAGGUUAUUUGUCAUGAAGACUCGAAGCAACACAGACGAAUGAUACACAUCAAAAGUGUGUUGAGUGGUCAUCAGAGUACUCCUCUGAAGUUCGUGCUUCAGUUUACCCCGGAGGACAAUGGAAAGAACAUUGGCAUUGCAAUACACGAAGGACACGAGGCCACAUCAGUAAGAGAAUUCAACAUAACAA